AUGCCUUACCUGGAUCGCCUGUGCCAGUACAGAGACAACCAGAAAUGCAUUUUUAAGCAUCCUCCCCUGGUGCAGGGAGGACACAGGGCGUCGCGGGUGCCCGCGCCUGCCGCCGUACAGCCCCCUUUACAGGCAAAGGCUUGGGGCAGCGGUACAUUCGAGCUGAGGAUUCUCCAGUUCGUCAACGGCGAGAGCUCGCUGGCGUCCGGUGGCCACUGUGUGCCCGCCUGCCGCACGUUCUCCCGCGUGUGCCUGCAGCAUUUCCAAGUGCUGGUGUCUCCGGGGACGUGUACCUACGGCACACUCCUCUCCCCGCUGAUGGGCAGCGGCUCCUUCAGAGUGGCGAGCACACACAGUCCGCUCAGGCUCAACUUCACCUUCAAGUGGCCGGGAACUUUCUCCCUCAUCAUCGAAGCUUGGAAUUCUCCCCCCAGCCAGCUGAUCCCCAAUGUAACCAGCCCUGAGAUGCUGAUCAGCCGUUUUGCUAUCCAGAGACGCCAGUCUGUGGGAAGCACCUGGUCGCGGGACAACCAGCGGAGGCAGCUCACCCAGCUACACUACUCGUACAGGGUCGUGUGUAGCCACCACUACUACGGCGAGGGCUGCUCCCGCUACUGCCGACCGAGGAACGACACCUUCGGACACUUCACCUGCGGGGCGCUGGGACAGAGGAUCUGCAUGGAUGGAUGGGCGAACGAGUACUGCUCAAGGCCAAUCUGCCGAUCCGGGUGCAGCGCACAGCAUGGAUACUGCCAUCGUCCGGGUGAGUGCAAGUGCCACUUUGGAUGGCAGGGGGAGUCCUGCAAUGACUGCAUGCGCCACCCGGGCUGUCUCCACGGGACCUGUGAGCAGCCCUUCCAGUGCACCUGCCGGGAAGGCUGGGGCGGCCUCUUCUGUAACCAAGAAAACCGCCUGAGGAAACUGAAGGGUUUGAAUGAAGAGCCAAGUUCAAAAGGGAUGCUCAGAAGUCUGUCACAGGCAAAGAAAGAAUGCUGGGACCGUUUCUUACAUGAACAAUGUAUGUCAGAGAUGUACAUCGAUGGAUACGAGAUGGACCAGAGCGCCAUUGACUCCCUGAAACGGUGGGUGCUGCCCGACAGAGUCCCGGUCAACACAGAAGAGAUUCAGCAUCUGAUCAGCCCUGAGAGCUUCCCUGUGAGCCAGGAGGAGCCUGAGGGACAGGGCAGCUCCAACUGUGAGCAGUGAUGAGCAGCAAUGCCAUCCACCCUGUGAAACGUAGUUUGAGCUGAACACUAAUCAUCAUCCAAGCUUUGAAAUGUUGAACUGCUUCACAUGGCAUUGAAAACCAACCACAAAUACAAAUAAUGUGUCUGAUUUGUCCCAGCUGCUGAAUCCAGUCCUUUACUGUAUCUUGCGUGCAUUUUAAAUAGGGGGGGGUGACACCCAGAGUCCCCACAAGGCCCCUCUGCCUCCACCAGUGCACAAUGAUCACCUUAACCCAUUUUUGUCCAGUGAGGAGAUGGCCAGGAGGGAAUCCUAGAUCUGAAAGGGAGUGGUGCUCUGGUGCACCUUAGCAGGGUGGCACAGUGGCUGGCAGAGCAGCAGCAUCACAGGUUCAGAGACUCGGGUUCAAUACGGACGCCAGGCGCUGCCCGCGAAUUUUGCACGUUCUCCCCGUGUCUGUGUGGGUUCCCCGCCACAUCCCGAGGAUGCGCUUGUCUGUAGAUCAAUUGUCCUCUGUAAAUUGACUGUAGUGUGUAGGGAGAAGAUGCAAAAGUACGUUAGCAUAGAACUCAUGUAAACAAGUGUGGAUCAAUGAUUGGCGUGGACUCGGUGGGCUGAAGGCCCAGUUCCCGUUGUAUCUUUCAAUCCGUUCAAUUAUCCUGAUGAUCUAAAUAACCUUCAGUGCACCUGUAUAGUGCAGAACUGUAUAGUGAUUCCAAAGUGUUGCAAUUAAAGAAUGUUACAUGGCA